AUGGUAGGGCUGUUUGGAUUGCUGACUGGUGAGUUGGCAGCAGUGAGGAAGGAGCUGGCGGCAACAACAAAGGAGUUGGCAGUAGUGACGGGUGAGCUGACCGUGGUAAGGGAGGAGGUGGGCCGACAGAAUGAGCGGGUGGUGAUGCUGGAGGAGAGGAAUGAGGUGUUGGGGAACGAGGUGAAUGAGUUGAGGCAUGCACUGGGUGUUGUGGAAGAGAGGAAUGUGGCGACUGCUGCUGUGGUGGAGGAGAAGGGGAGAAAGAUGAAUGCAGAGCCUCAGCCUCCCAUACCUCCCUCCUGCCCGCCUCCCCCAUACUCGUGGCCGACCACCUUCAUCGCCACCACUGUUGCGGCAUCCCAUGACCCUGCCAUGCUGCCCGGCUGGUGUGCCACAAAGGUGAGCCCCAGCCGCCCCCGCCACCUCCUCUCCUCCACCCCUCAGACGCUGUUGGUGCUGUUGGUGUGGAAUGGGGAAGGAAUCUCCCUCCCUGCCUUUCAUUCUCACGGUUUGCGCCUCAUCCUCUCACCUUGCACCUCAAUCCCUUUCCCCAACCCCUCUAUCUUCCUCCCGUCCUAUUCUCGGGGGUUUGCACCUCGGAUAUCUCACCUGCACCUCAUUCCCUUUCCCCCAUCCCUCAUUCUCCCUCCCUUCUUUUCAUUCUCGGGUGUGCACCGCAUCAUCCCUUCCUGUACCUCAUUCCCUUCUCCCACCCCUAAUUCUCCCUCCCUGCCCCUCAUUCUCGUUGUUUGCGCCUCAUCAUCCAUCCCUGCACCUCAUUCUCUUUCCCCACCCCUCAUUCUCCUUCCCUGCCCCUCAUUCUCUUUUCCCCACUCCUCAUUUUCCUUCCCUGCCCCUCAUUCUCUUUUCCCCACCCCUCAUCAUCCAUCCCUGCACCUCAUUCUCUUUCCCCACCCCUCAUUCUCCUUCCCUGCCCCUCAUUCUAUUUUCCCCACUCCUCAUUCUCCUUCCCUGCCCCUCAUUCUCUUUCCCCACCCCUCAUUCUCCCUCCCUGCUCCUCAUUCUCUCCCCCCCACCCCUCAUUACACUGACCUGCCCCUCACUUGCACUUCUGUGCCCUCAACAACCAGGCCAUGA